CCGCUCACCAUCAUCAGCAGCGAGCAGAUUACACUCAUCAUGAGUGCGCUUAACAGUAACAGCAGCAGCAGCAGCCGCCCUGCAAUAACAAGCCAGCUCUCCCUCGAGCUCGAGCUCUCACUCGCAAACCCUACUACAGCUGCAGGCUGCAGCUGCACUUACUCCCAAGCUCGCUCCACUGUCUCCACCUCACCCCGCACAAAUAAACAACGCCAAUAAAUCCAUCUAUUCCAUCCAAGAAUUGAAGAAGAAAGAAAGGCAAGGCCGGUCACUCGCAUCUCCCCCUCAUGCGCCGCAAGAAGCACUCGGACCGGGGCGGCGGCGGGGGCGGAACGGAGCUCUUCAUCUGCUUCACCUCCCGGCCUUCCUCCUCCUCUUCCGGCCUCCGCGCCUCCGGCUCCUCCAAGGUCUUCAGCCCCGGCCGCGGCGGCGGGAACGGCGCUGCCGACGCGCCGCCGGCCGCGCUGCUCCGGCCCUCGCUCAGCCGCCGUCUCCGCAACAGCGGGAGCCUCAAGGGAGGGCAGUCGCCCAUGUUCCCGCCCGGGAGCGCGUCCGGCGGCGGCGGCGGCAGGCGGGGGCGCGGCGGGCUGGAGCCUGCCGAGCCUUCCUCCCCCAAGGUCACCUGCAUCGGCCAGGUCCGCGUCAAGGGCGGCAAGCGCAAGCCCAAGCACGCCGCAUCUUCCUCCUCCGCCGCCGCCGCCGCGCUGCGGUCCCGGUCCAGGCGCGGUGGUGUAAGCGUCGGCGGCGGGUCUGAGUCCAGCUUCCGCCGCGCCGGCGAGGACAGGGAUGGCUUCCCCCUGGGGAAGAGCCAGAGCCAGGGUCAGGGCCAGGGCCAGAACCAGGGGGGCUGGGUCUACCAGAUCCCGGUCAACAUCUGCGAGGCGCUCAAGACCUUCGGCUCCUGCGGCGGCCGCUCGCUCUGCUCCCCGUCCCGGGAGCAGCGCCGCGGCGGCGGCUCCGCUGGUGGCGACAACAAGAAGCGCCGGCGCGCCCCGGCUGGCGGCGGCAGCUGGCUCUGCGGCGCCGCCGUGGCGCGGUGUCUCCUGGCGAUCCAGGAGGAGGACGACGAGGCCGGGAAGGGAGGCGCCGCCGUUGGGCCCGCGGACGAGGCCAAGGAGUCCGGGGUCGGGCUCGUGAUGCAGGGGUGGGACGUCGAGGAUGACGACGAGGAAGAGGAUGAACCGGGCAUGGUGGUGGGCAAGGUUGAAGUUGAGAAGGACGACGAGAUCUUGGUGGUGGGGGGCAAGGAGGAGGAAGGGAGAGUCAGCGUCUGCAUCCCGCCAAGGAACGCGCUCCUGCUGAUGCGCUGCAGGUCCGACCCCGUGCGGAUGGCGGCGCUCGCCACGCGCUUCUGGGGUUCCCCUGCUGCGACCAAUGUCGGCCAUGUAGACAAUGGAGAGGGUAAAGGCAACGAGGAAGAAGAGAAAGAAGGGGGCGAGGGUGAGGCCUAUGCAGAGAAGGAAUGCGAUGAAGAAGAAGAAGCUCGUGGUUCAACGGUUUCUGCUGAAGAAGUGGCAUGCCGAGAGUGCGGUGUCGUUGAAGAUUGUGGUAGUGAGGCCGGGGAUGUAGGUCAAGUAGAGGCAGAAGCAGAAGAAGAGAGCUCUAAACAUGGAGAUGUGGGGGAGGAAGAGAAGGGUGGAGGUUGCCGAGAGGACGGAGAGGGGAAGGAUGAGCCUGCGGAGGUGCGAAUUGUUCGCAAAGACACGGGUUUGGAGGUUGCUUUGGCAGGAGAAGAUGCGAAGGGCGAAAUCCAAGUGCCGGGAAUGGUGGAGGUGUUGGUGGACUCUAAGGAGCCCGCUGAUGUUCCAAGACAGGAGAAAGAGGAGGAAGAGAUGAAGGGGAGGAGAUCGAUCAGCAGCAGCUCCCCAUCAGCAGCACUGAAGGAGGACCGUAAAUUGCGACGGUUGAGCAGUAGGAGGCGCGUCCCUAGCAGCAGCAGGGCCUCGUCGAGCAGUGAUCGGGUAGACAGGCGACACAGCUUUUCAGCUGAAAUGGAUGCGCGGCGAUCAAGCUUCUCGAGCUUAAAGGACUCAAGGAGGGCUAGCUUCUCAAUCGAUAGGGAUGGACGAAGGUGGAGCUUCACGAUUGAGCAGGAGCAUCUUGUUGCAGAACCUAAGGUUUUGAUGUCAUCCAGGAAGAAAAUUUCCUCCGAGCCAGAGUCAGAAAAAGAUUGCGUUGUUCUUGUUGCACCAAACAGCGUAGAGGAAUCCCAAGAUGAUGAUGGUAAGGAAGAAGCAACAAAGGAUGGUGAGGAAGAAGAAACAACAGAAGGGGUGGAAAUUAACAAGGACGUUGAGAAGUUAGAAAGCAGAGUUGAUGAGAAGGAUGCUGUGGAAGAACAGCAGGUGCAGAGGAAGAAGAGCGGUGAAUUGCCAGAUUGCCUCCUUAUGAUGAUGUGUGAACCCAAGCUCUCCAUGGAAGUGUCCAGGGAGACAUGGGUCUGUAGCACCGAUUUUGUCCAUUGGAAGUCUUACCAGGGACAGAAAGGCCGCAAUGGUCGCCCACAAAAGGAUGCUACUGGUAGCAACGCUGCUGCUCCGGAGGAGCUGAAGGAUAUCAGCAAUGCUCAGGACACCAGCAUUGCAAAGGCCACAGAAGAGAGUGGAGAGCCAGCACUGGUGAACUCCGCAUCUGUGCCACCUCAGAUAGUCCAGAAACCACCACCGAAACCAGCCGUGGAGCAGAAGAAACUUAAGCUAGAGCUGCCGAUGGUUGCCAGUGUGUCUACGUACGCACCGUUCGUUCUGAAGCGCUGCAAAUCAGAGCCGUUGCGGUCAUCCGCGCGCCUGGCACCCGACGCGUGCUUCUGGAAGGACCGGCAUAGGCCCCUCAAUGCCACCGGAAUCGGCUUCUGAUUCCGGCCGAGACCGAAACUGCUGGUAUGCUUGGUUAUAGCUAGCUAGUGACUCUCUUAAGUUUAUGAGCUUUGUUGUGUAAUUGUAGUGAGCUUUGUUGUGCAACAGUAGUAGUGAGCUUGUUUCAUGCUUGGUUCUCUGUAAUGUGAUGUGGACAAGGGGCAACAGAUAGUAGCACGUUAAGUUACAUCAGAUAGAUUAGGGAGGAAGGAGUAUGUGUAAAAAAUCUCUUGUUGCUUGCUUUCCUGGUUGUGCUAUUUCCUUUUUCCCCUGAUAAUCUUAUGCAGUGCUGCAAUAGUCGAGUUUUUUCCCCAAUCAA